CUUUAACUUAUGUUUCGCGUAUUUUGUCAACAUAUUUUGUGUGCGUGUUAUUGCAUUUAAAUACGUUUAUUUCGUUUCGGAAACUGUGAGAAUCAAUGUGGUUUUUGGUGUUUAUUGUUCCGUAGUGCUAUGCUUUGACUUUUGUCAGCUUGUUGUGCUUGUUUUAAUGCAAUUGUUGCGCUCAGCGGUACACUCUAUACAGACAUACAGCUUAUUUCGUACAGCAGUGCAUUAGAUAUGGUUUUAUUCUCUUUUUCAAUUGUGCUGUUUCUCUGUCUCGUGUACUCGUGCAGCAGGACUUGCCGGCUGACUGCACACGGCGAUCCUGCCACCACCUGGCACCACCUGCCACAUUCCCUACGAGAAACAAGGUUUGCCUACUGGCACCAUCACACAUUCGAGUCUCAGACCAGAAAAUACUCCAAAAUUCAGCGGAUCCUGCGGGAGGAUUGCGUGGGGCAGCAGAAUGAAGACCCGCCAUGUGCCAAACAGCGUCCAAGCAGCGUCUGCCAUGACAUCGACAACGGCCUCGUACCGGGCCAAACGGCGCAGCCGCAGCGAGGAUGAAAGCCAGGAGACCUGCGAGCGCGAAAUGCGACACGAGGCCCACGUCCGCGAGCGGCAGGAGGAGGUGAAACGCACUCGAGCUGCCACGGCGGCGGCACUGAGGUCGCGCCAGCAGCAGCACCAUCAACUGCAGCAGCUAUCGGCGCGCAACAGCCAACGCUGGCCAAUGGUGGACCCCACCCCCAGGGGCACGAAGAGCGAGCGAUCCCCGGUGCUGGUGCCGGAGAAGCCGGCAAGUAAACCAAAACCCGCGGCAACCAAAAGCAAGCCAAAGGCUAAAGAAAAGCCAUUGAAGGCAGUGAAGGAGUGUGGAGAAUCGCCGCCGAGAGAGCAGCAGACGGAGAAGGAUCCGCUUUGGAGAGAGGAGCUGUUAAUAGACGAUCCCAGGAUCUCCGAGGCGGACAUGCGCAGAAUUAUAAAGGAGCAACAGCAGCAGGAGCAGGAGCAGUCGCUGGGUCAUCAGAUGCAGCCAGCAGAUUCCCAGCUGGCCGUGGCACUGCACAGCCUGGUGGCGGAAUUUCUGCACGCGGAGAACUAUCAGUUGGCCUUCUCUGUGUUCUGCAACGAAAAUCCACAACGUAGGGGCGAUGGCGACCCAGAGGCGAGGCACAGCGAGUUCCGCUUCAGCCAGAGCGAUUUGCAGGACGUGCUGGGCGCUGUGCUCGCUGGCUGGGGCGACACCACGGAGAAGCUCAGUGCAGCGGUGCAGCGCAGCUACUACCAGGAGCAGGACCAGAGCCUGCUCCGAGCUUUGCUGCGUGUCCUGAUGAAUGCCAAGCAGCAGCAGCAGCUGCAGUUGAAGAUUAAAGGGCCACCAAAGGAGGACAUGGAUGCCGCAGAGGAGGCCCGUUCCGUGUUGAUUGGCCCUCGCCUCUGCGAAAGCAUUCACUCCAUGAAGCAGCGGCUGAGAGAGGUGAUGCGGCACAUGAUCCCGCUCUCGAUUGCAUGUGCCCCGCCUGUGGAUGUCGUCAGCGAGGAGGAUCUCGAGGACUUGCUGCUGCUCGAGCUGGAGGAGCGAGAUCGCCUGAUCGAGGACGGGCACAAGCUGGAGCCAGCAGAGACUGCCCUACUGCUGCCAGACCUUCACCCACGCAACCAGAUGACGGCCCAGCAGGAGGCGGACAACCUAAUGGUCGCCGCAGCUGCUGAACAGAUCGAGAAACCAGUGAUGCAUGUGAAUAUGCCGCAGAUGCCGCAACUCUUUGCGCAGCAAAUCGGAUACAUGGCCACCAUUCGCCAGAGCGUGGAGCGGAUGCUGCGCAGCGAGAAGCAGCCACAGCCGAACAACCUGUUUGCCAGCUUCGAGCAGAUGGACCAGCUGGUAUCGGAGCUGUGCGUCAAUGUCAGCCUGCUGGUAAACAUGGUCAACAUGGCGAUGGAGCAGGAGCAUGCGGUGGGCAGGAACGCCGGAUUCAAGCUCGGCUACCACGAGGGAUUCAGCCAUGGCCACUUCUUGGCCGCUCAGGAGGCCGCGAAAUUGCCCCUGAAGGAGCAGUUGGAGCAGAAGCCUGAGGAGCGGCCCACCCAAACCAUACCAUGCCGGGAUGUGGCUGUCCAGGCCAAGGCAAUUCGCAGCAAACAUGUCUCCACACAGACCGCGAAAUUGCCCCUGAAGGAGCAGUUGGAGCAGCAGCCUGAGGAGCGGCCCACCCAAACCAUGCCAUCCCGGGAUGUGGCUGUCCAGGCCAAGGCAAUUCGCAGCAAAAAUGUCUCCACGCAGACCAAGAAAAAGAAGGUGCAGCUGCAUGUGCCAGAGGAGGAGCUCCAAGUGGAUGUUCCCAUGGUGAAACGAGUCGAGGAGGUUCCCAAAGAGCAGCAGUGGGAAAUGGCAACCCAAACGAUAAUGGCCCAAGUGCCUGUGGCCGUGGCUGCAACACAAACAAAGAAGAUCCUGAAGACAGAAACUUCAGGCCCAGUGGCAGUGGCUGCAACUCAAACAAGCAAGAGCCAAGAGGAUGUGAACACUGCAACCCAAACGUUGAAGGAGGAUCAGGAGAAGGUCCAAGUGGCAAGGGGCACACAAACGAAGGCGAGUCCUUGCAAACGGACCUACGAAGAUUGGAUCGAGGAGAUGCUGCGCAGUGGCAGUGGCAAGUUGUUCCUGAAGCGCGUCGAGAUGUCGCUGAAGAAGGCCAGCGAUCUGCAGAAGCAGCAACUGGAGGAUCUCUACCAAGUGAAAAUGAAACAUCAGGCCGAGAUGAUGCAGCUGAGCCAACGGCAGAGCUCCUGGCGGACACUUUGCCGCCACAUGGACUCGGAUACGUCUGUCGAGGCACGAGAUUUGGUGCACAAGAUCUUCAAUCUGCUGGAGCACUACGAGGCCCAUCAGCAGCUGCUAACCGAACAGAUGGAGGCAACGGAGUUGGCUGCCCAGAAGGCGGUGCGCUUUGUGCCCGUGUUCAACGAUAACAAUGGAACAGACAUUCCCAUUUGCACCUCGGCCGCGUCCACACCUCCUACCUCAAGUCGUUCUAAGCCAACAUCAGUGGCUGCUGCUGCUGCAUCUCCCCUGGAGACGCCGCGCUCUGCCCAGCAGCAGCAGAUGGUGCCAGCGGCGCCGACAAUUGUUGUGGCACCAGCCUCGCACAGGCCCAACGUGCAUACUGUGGCUACCAAUACGCCACGCGACACGUCCUCGCCGCCUCAGCAAACAACUUCGCCAUAUCCAGCAUCGCCUAAUCCUUCGACGCAGCCGGUUUCGUCUCAACCAGCUUCGUCGCGUCCAGCCUCAUGGCGUAGAGCGACAGCAUCGCCCCAUCCAGCUUCCCCUCAUCGUGAGUCGUCUUAUCCAGCUUCAUCUCGGGCAGCUUCGUCUUACCGAGCUCCGUCCCAACGAGCUUCACCUCAAGCAGCUGCUUCUUCAUUCACGUCUCAGGCAGCACCAGCACCAGCAGCAGCUGCUGCGAGCUUCGAGAAUGCUUUGGCCAGUGCCAAGAGUCGCAUGGAACAGCUGGAGGAGGAGAGUGAGCGGCUAGAGCAAAAUUUUCUCGACUAUCUGGAGCGCUCACGUCAAACGCUGCCGGAGCAGCAGCUGCCGCCGCCGCCCAGUGCAUCCAAAAAGAAGAAGAAAAGCUCGAGACGAAGGUUUGAGGAUGCCUCGACUCUGUUCGAAAUAGAGGAGCUCAAUGAGCAGCAACAGCAAACGCUGACAAAGAAUGAUAACGAGGUGGAGCCAGAGCCAGCGCCGGAGCCAGAUACCUAUCAGUUUAUUAAUACAUUAAAUGUGGCCAGAAAGAAGCUGCUGGGGGAGCCCUGUCAGCCCGCAAAGGAGCCAACGAAAGGUUUAAGCCGGGAGUUGGCGCAGGUGCAGGAGCAAACGCAGCAAAUUCUGUACCGCAUGCGGACAGAGCACUCGCAGAGCACCACCCACGACCACCUACUGCCGGAGAUCACAUCCGAAUCGAACAGCAGCAGCAGCAGCGAUGAACUGGAAGUGCUCAUGCGGCGGGCCAUGCACGCAAUGAAGUUGAACGAGGAGCAGUCUGCGCUUUCAAAUUUCCAGCUGCUUGACUACAACACCAGCAGCACCCUCGCCAGCGGCAGGAGCAGCCGGCACAGCGCUGUCAGCGAGAUGUUCCAGCCAAAGACUGCCGCCAGCAGGCAGCCAACGGAUAAGGAUGCAGCAACGUCGCCGAGCGUACGGCUGCAGCGAUCCAUGGCCAAGAUGCAGGAGCUGUUUGCAGGCGCUGGGAUACUAGCACCAGAGCAUAGAGUGCCACUGCCACUGCCACUGCCCAGAUCCACAACAGAUCCCACAAGGCCCGUCAGUGCACCCUCGCCUGGUGGGAAGACAAGAGCAGCAGGCGGUGGAAAAAGCCGCCCCCACACGGCACCCACAACGCAACAGAAGAAACAGAAACAGAAUCAGCAACAGCAGCAACAGUACUUCCCUUCAACCAUCGAGGAUUGUUUCAAUGUGAGCUCCUCCGUGGACAGCAGCAGCUACGGGGGACUGGUGCUGGAUCAUCUGUUUGACAACACGACAGCGAACCGGCAACUGCCAGCCAGUCCGGAGAUCCUGCAUAGCCGCAACUUCUGGAAACGACUGAACCUAUGAGACCACACAUACACAUACAUCCAUCGAGAGGGAUGUCCUUGGUAGAGUAGAUUCCCUUACGCCCAUAAAUGUGCCACUCAUUUCCAAGCCAAAAGUCUUGAAGGGGAUUUUAUUUUGUAGUUAGAUGACAGACAGCUCGAUGGGAUGGAGAGUCUACAGUGUGGAUGCGCUUGGAGUGGAGAGUGUUGAUGUCUAGACCGCUGUGCCAUUGAUCAGAUCGUAGGGAUCGAGAUUCUGGCCAAAGAGACUCGCAUGGGAGCGUCGACGCUCUCGCUCGAUCUCGUCCAAAUCGAAGGCGGCAUCGUUGACCGCGAAACUGGCCCGCCUUUGGGCAUCGUCAAAGGCAUAGCCACGCUGGAAUUUCGGCGGAUGAGCAGCACCUGGAGCCGCAUUCACUGCCACACUCGUGGCUGGAUACAGCGGCUGGGGAUGCUGCUGGUAUCCCCCAUGGCCGUAGUUCGAGGGUGACGAUGGAAUGGCCGCUGGCCAUUGAACCACCUGAGUCUUAGG